GCUGGCAUCAGAGCAGAAUUUGAAACCGUGGAGCCGGUGGACAAGAGGCGAAUCUACGAAUCGAAGCCGAUUUACCUCGGCAUGGACUAGUUAGCCAGACAAGCGUUUACUCUGCGUUCAGCUUCUUUCAGAGUUUAUUAGAUAGUUUGUCCGCUGUUGUUCCCGUGAGAAGAGGAAGAGGGUGUCCGUUCUAAACUUUAGUGGAGUGAUUUUGUCCUGCGUGAAACACAGCGCUGUCGGUCGGUCGGUCGGUCGGUCGGUCGGUCGGUGUGUAUUUUUAACAAAAUGAGGCGAAUCUCUUUGUCCGUUUGUCUAAAUAAAGGACAGAGUUUAAUCUGGGAGUUUUAGCGUUAUCUUUGAAAGCUAAAUGAGCUAAUCUGCGCUAGCUGGAAGCUCUUCGCAUCGGUUAUCGUGUUCAAACUCAACUGAACUCCACUAAAGCGACUUAAUUUAUUGUCAACUCUUUCUGAAUAACCGCGAACUAAACUCUUACUAAAGCCUUUUCGCGUGAACACCGUGAAGAGGCCGGUGGCAGUGGGUGUUUUUUUCUCCUGGUAGUGAGUCUGAACAUGAGCAAAGUGCUGGCUAAGUGAUAAUAAGCGGUCUGCAGAUUGACUGGACACUUGCGGGACACUCGCUGGAGAUGAUGGCCCGGAGGAGGCUGGACAGUCGCAGUGGAUCCUCGGCUCUGCUGUCAGAGAUCCACACUCGCAUCCACACGGAUCCUCUGGACGCCGUGUUUGACAUGAGCAACGAACUGGGCAGGGGGAAGUUUGCAGUGGUGAAGAGGUGUGCGGAAAAGGCCACAGGGAAAGUCUUCGCUGCAAAGUUCAUCAAGAAGCGGCGACGAGGUCGCGACUGCAGGGCGGAGGUCAUUCAUGAGAUCGCUGUUUUAGAGGCAGCAAAGAACAAUCCUCGUGUGGUGAACCUGCACUCUGUAUAUGAGACCGAUCAUGACCUCGUUCUAAUGCUGGAAUAUGCGGCGGGUGGUGAGAUAUUUGACCACUGUGUGUCAGAGGAGCUGCUGCCCGAAGGUCAGAUCACCCGUCUGAUCCGACAGAUGCUUGAGGGAAUUCACCUACUGCACCAGAGCAGCGUGGUCCACCUGGACUUGAAGCCCCAGAAUAUUCUCCUGACGAGUCUGAGCCCAUUGGGGGAUAUAAAGAUAGUGGAUUUUGGCUUGGCCCGCAGGUUGGGCUCUGCUGGGGAGCUCAGAGAGAUUCUGGGAACCCCUGAGUAUGUCGCCCCUGAGAUCUUGAACUAUGAACCAAUCACCACAGCAACAGACCUCUGGAGUGUGGGCGUGAUCACCUAUAUGCUGGUGACAGGAGAGUCUCCCUUCGCUGGCGAGGAUAAACAGGAGACCUUCCUAAAUGUAUCCCAGGUGAACGUGGACUACAGCAGAGAGGCUUUCUCAAGAGUGUCUGAACUGGCUGUCGACUUCGUCCAGAAACUGCUGGUCAAAGCACCGGAGGAUCGUCCCAGUGCAGCCGAUUGCAUGACCCAUCCCUGGCUGUGGCUCCAUUGUCCAGGUUCUGAUCCGAUCCCCGUGACCCCACGCACUCCCCGGGAAAGGAGUUUCGGUGGGAAGUGGUCUGCGCCACCUGAGGAUCCCGAAGACAAAGAGAACAUUCUGGACUCACCGCACGCCAAGAGGUUUCGUUUUGAGGAGGGCAUGUCAGCCACGGGCGACGGAGACCACUUGUGCUGAUCCGAAAGGGAAACGCACUUGCACCGAAUAGCAUAUUUGGUCCGUUUUGUUGGCCCCCACACAGCACCAGCAAACACGCUUCUGUCCUAAUGCUGUUUUCAAUAUCCUUUGGCCAACCAAAGAUGAUUUUAUUUUACAAAAGGGCCCAAUCUAGUGUAAUGUUAAUAUUAUAAUAGUGAGAAUCUAAAUAUCUAUGUUGCUGUCCUGUCUCAAGAUGCCUUUUCCUGCCAUCUUUGGAUUUUAAAUGAUUCAUUUGAAUAUUUUAAUUGCCAUUCAGUAUCGAUUUAAUUUUCUGCUGAUCUCAGCCCAUGUUAAUCUCAACACUAUUUCCAUUACUGCACUUUGAAAAAGACAGACGCUCGAGAGCUUUAAUUCUGCUUUAAUGAAGGAUGAGAGUGUCUGAGCACACUAAAGAGUCUCUUUGCUCUUUGUGUCUCAACAUCAGAAAGAGUUUGUAUGAUUAGACUCUGUUAAUUCAAAAACACCUAGUGCGAUGGUCUGUUAGAAAGGUUCAGUGCAGGAAUGCUCUCGGUGAAUGGCUGUGUGUUUUGUCUUACAUUCUCUUCUUUCUUGUGGCAUUGACACAUAAGUGGGCUCCAUAAAAAUGUGACUCAACUCAAACACGCACAACACACCCUGGAUUACACAAAUAUGUGUUUGUAUUGGUCACAGAUCUUCCUCUUAGAUAAUGACUAAAGGAAUGCAGGAAAGCACUUAAACCUUCUAUUAUAUGUGUUUGUGUCACUGAAAUAAGGGAAAAUAUUUUUAACCACUUUAAAUGUAGUAAAUCAACUGUAUCUGUUUUAAAAUGAUUUUUGUUUUAAAUAUUUCCUUUUUUAUUGCCAAUUUAUUGUAAAAUAAACUAUUAUUAAGCAACAUUCUAGCAUUUCCCCAUGGCAGGCGCUUAGUAUCUCAAUGCCUGUUAUGGUCUAUGAUACACAUAAUCUUGAAAUGACAGUUUUUAUCUAUGCACCAAUCUGAGGUAACAAAGGGUUUUGUUACCUUUUUUUGUACAGGUGUUUCUAAGCUAAUGCUAUUAACUGAUGGAGGUUUCAGUCUUCGUUCAUUCCGAGUCUUGUUCUCAGGGUUAGCUGUAACUGCACAGUUUACCAGUGUAUAUUUCUCGAGUGCCUUUGUGUGCAUUUUGUUCUAUGCUUGAGCCGAACAACCCGACUUGAUCUUCUGUAAUACCGGUGCAGCACAUUUCUGUGGAUAUAUUAUUGUUAAUGUUUAUCCUGUUUUAAUUGAGAUACUGGUAGACCCUUUAAACUGAUGGCCUGUUGUAUUUAACUUAAAUUAUUUCUGUGUGCUUUUGGUCAUGGAGAUGUAUUUGUAUUCAGUGGGAUUUAGAAAGGAAAACAGUUAUAAGUUAUAUUUAUGGUCUUGGAUUAUGUAGGGCAUGAAAAGAUGGGUUAUCAAAGUUGGCUGUUAUUGUCAAAAUUAUAUGGUUAUGUUCGGAUGGUGAAGUAUGUUUGGCUGUGAUGAAAGUACAGGGUUUGAAUUCUGGAAUGAAGGCAAAUGAAUGUUAGAAUAUUGCACAUCUGCACAUCAGAAAGUGUGUAGUAAUGCAACAAAUACAACUAGAUCAGCUUAAGGUUUAUUGGUGUACUAUUUUGUUGAGUGGCUGUUAGAACUGGAAAUGUUAGUAUUGCAGAAUUCAGUCUUAAGGUCGAGCCCUUCGGUUAUUGUUCUCUGUUUAAAGAGGUGUGAAGAGCUCAUGUGUGUUUGUGUGCUCAGGGCCUUACGGUUUCCCAGAGAUGUCACCAGUCUGCAAUCAUAAUAGGGCUAUUGUCUCCUAAGACGAGAGGCUCUUGUCACAGUCGUGUGCUCACUGUAUGCCGUCAUCUUAAAGGAAAACUUGAAUCUAUUCCUUGCCUGGGAAACAGCCUCAAUAAUGUUUAAGGGCCAUGAGGUGUUUGAAGCUGGAAUUCAAUAGAGAAUAGACCAGGCUUUGGAGAGCAUUUCUGAGCAGUCACUGUGGCAUUUGCAGAAAGCUUGCGACAAACUUUGUAAGGACACUUAAGGGAUAAACUUUCUUGAUUCUCUUUCUAUCUUAGGCAGGAUUAGUGAAAACUGAUAAUUGAAGAUACUUCAUUUCAUGAUGAAAACUGUGUAUUUUGAGUUAUAUGUGCUAGAAUAAAUGAUGUUCAAAUUCUAAUAAAGCCAUUGACAGUC